AAUUUACUAUCCAAAUCCUUUUUAUAUUAAGUGGGAAAACAAAACGAAACGAAACAACGUAAUAAAACCAUGGUUCAUGACCCAGACUCGUGCAAACUUGUCCUUCUUGACCGGUAGAUCUUCACUUCUGUCUGUCCCAUUUCUAUUUCUUCUACUAGCCCCCGCCCCCAAAUUUCAUUUCAUGCUCUCUUCUUCAUGGACUCGUCCCAAACCCCUUGCCUCACAACUCUCUUGGUCUUUGAAAAUACAAUCAACAAAGAGUUGAUCAGAAGCUUGCAUGUAUACCGAUUGGACAACGGAGAGGAAAAUGAGGUGGAGAGAGAGUUUGUUUUCAGAAAAGAUGGUCCUUUCGUGGAAACGGCGGCAGCCCCACUUCUUCUAUUGCAGGGGUUUCCACCUCAGGAGCUUUUUGAAGGCAGGGUUAUUGGUUUGUGGCUCUUUUUUGCUUUUCAUGCCCAUCGUCUCCCUCGCUUCUUCUUCAUUCCUUCUUUACUCUCCGUUCCCAGAAACCCAAAGCUGAAGUGUAUCCCGACACUUGCGAAUGAUCUUCAAAUGAUUUUUCGGAGGGGAUGUGGAGCAGAAGAUAGGGGACCAUCUAAGGAAACUUGUACAAAGCAUGAAGAUAAACAUUGCCACCCAAAAAGAAAUCUUCUUGUACUUCAUCAGGAUCUUAAUUGCCUCCCUAAUUCUGUUGCUGCAUCCGGGUUACUGAAAUCUCAACAAACAGAACAAAAUGCAACAGGUGUUGCAGGGAAAAAGAAAAAAAGAGCAGAUUCUAAGGAUGUAGCCAGAAUUGCUCUUGAAGAUCUUGUAAAGUACUUUGAUCUACCGAUAGUGGAAGCUUCUAGGAAUUUGAAUGUUGGCCUCACUGUUCUGAAAAGGAAGUGCAGAGAAUUCGGAAUCCUUCGCUGGCCUCACAGGAAGAUCAAGUCCCUUGACGGUCUAAUUCGUGAUCUCCAGGAAGAGGCUGAUCAACGGCAGCAGGAGGACAAGGCUGCAGCCUAUGCAGUAGCAAAGAGGCGAAUGAUGUUGGAGACGGAGAAAGAAAGUAUAGAAAAGGAACCUUGCACCGAAUUAAAGAGCGAGACGAAGCGGUUUAGGCAGGAUAUUUUCAAGCGAAGGCAUAAAGCAAGAGCUCUUAAAAAUCAGUACCUAUCAGUUUUCCAUGAUCAAAUGAGUGAAGCAGAUGAUUGAUAUAUGGAACCAAAUACCUUCCUUCCUUCACC